AUGUCUAAUAACGAAAGAACUUUCAUUGCUGUUAAACCAGACGGAGUCCAAAGAGGUAUCUACCCAGAAGUUUUGAAAAGAUUCACUCAGAGAGGCUUCAAGUUGGUGGGUAUCAAGCUAACCUUGGCCAAUGAACCUUUGUUGAGAACGCAUUACGCCGAUUUACAACAGAAACCGUUUUUCCCAUCUCUCUUGUCCUAUAUGAUGUCUGGCCCUAUACUUGCUACUGUUUGGGAGGGUAAGGAUGCUGUUAAACAAGGAAGAGCAAUGUUAGGUGCUACGAAUCCAUUGAACUCUGCUCCUGGUACCAUAAGAGGAGACUUUGCCAUAGAUAUGGGCAGAAAUGUCAUUCACGGCUCUGAUUCCGUCGAAAAUGCCAAGAAGGAGAUUGCGUUGUGGUUCAGGCCCGAGGAAUUGGUCGACUCUAAGUCCACUUUGGCCUCUUGGAUCUACGAAUAG